AUGGCGUUUUCGAGAUUCAGUAUGCGGUUGCCGCUCCCAAAGACCUUUCUGGGCUGCAUCGGCCUCCAGACAGGCGCCGAGGUUAUCUCCCUCAUCCUCCUUUUCAACAGGCUCACCGGCCUGUACGGCCUGCUCGCCAUUCUCACGGGCUACGAGCUCUCCGUGACGCAGCUGUCAAUGUACCUCUACUCGCUGGGCGUCGUCGUCCUACUAGCCAUGUUCAUGCCCCACAUCCGCAAGCAGAGCCCCUUUGAGACGCUGGGCCUCGCGUGGCUCUACAUCGUCGACACCAUCCUCAACGUCGCGUACACAACCUUUUUCGCCGUAAACUGGUACCUCAACAGCAGCGCCCUGGACAAGCACCCGGCGGGAAGCACCACCCCGGCAGCGGCUGGUCCGGCCGCGGCGGCGGAGAUUGCGGAGACGGCGCUCGCCAACGGAGCGCCUGUUGUGCCUGACGUUCCCGGCACGACGAAGCACAUUGGACCCCAGGAGUCGUGGAUGAGCUUGGGGCUGAUUUGCUCCGUCACGCUGGUGCGCGUCUAUUUUGCGCUCGUCGUCAUGUCGUUUGCGCAGCAGGUGAUGCAGCGAUACACGGCAGACAUGGGCUGGGAGGAGGAAGGCCGCAGCAACGCCGGCAAGAAGGGCGGCGUCGACGGACCUUUCUCGCAGGGCGAACCGGGCGGUGAAGGGUCCCGAGGCCGUAUCGGGCGCGUGAUGCUCGCUCUCGGUCGCGGGUACUGGCUUCGCGAGAGGCCUCAGGAGGAGUGGGCGAGCGCUGUGAGCGCCAAGUUCCGGCACGCCGGAGUUUAA